CCUGAGUAUGCGUGCGCGCGCGCGCGUGUGUGGUUACCCACUGUGGUGUGCUGCAGUCCGCUCCCUGCCGUAGUUGAGUAAACUACGCGGAUAUUUGCGGGCGCAGCUGCUCAAGCAGUGCGUGCGUAAAGAGAAGAACCGCUCGAUAAACGGCAGCGCAGCGGAGUGAGAAAAGCCGGCGUGUAGUCUCAAGUCUUUUCGCAGCAGUUUGCAGCUGUGAAACAGCAGAGAGAGAGAGGGGAGAAAAGCCUCUCGGUGAACUCACAGUGCCAUCUGUGCGUCGUGAUUUUAGUGUGUCAGAGAACAGAGCCAGCGGAGGAGGGGGGAAAAGGAAAGGAAAGGAAAGGAAACCUCGGCGGGAAUGGCUUCAUCUCCGUGCGGCAACACUAACUUUGAUUCCGGGCUGGAAAUCAAAACUCGCUCGGUGGAGCAGACGCUUAUUCCUUUGGUUUCGCAGAUCACAACUCUGAUCAACCACAAAGACAAGCCAAAGAAGUCUGAGCGCACCCUGGCAGCGAUCCACAGGGUGGGUCAGGCAGUGAACGUGGCGGUGGGACGUUUCGUUGCCGUCGGCGAGGCCAUCGCCUCCGAGAACCAGGAGCUGAAAGAUGAGAUGGGUCAAGCAUGUUUUGAGGCACGCAGAGCAGGUGAUGCCAUCGCCCAGCUGACUGACAUGGGCUCGGCCGUGCAGUCUCAGUCAGACGGCCGUGUCACGGUGUUCAGCGACAGAACGGGGAUGGUGAAGGCCGCMCGCCUGCUCCUCUCCUCAGUCACCAAGGUCCUCGUUCUCGCUGAUCGCAUCGUCAUCAAACAGAUAAUCACGUCACGCAACAAGGUUCUUGUAACCCUCGACAAACUGGAGAGAGUCAGCACCUUCCAGGAAUUUGUACAGAUUUUCGGUCAGUUUGGAAACGAGAUGGUGGAAUUUGCUCACCUCACAGGAGACAGACAGAACGACUUGAAGGAUGAGAAGAAGAAAGCCAGGAUGGCAGCAGCCAGAGCAGUUCUGGAGAAAUGUACCAUGAUGCUCCUCACAGCCUCCAAGACUUGCCUCAGGCACCCGGAUUGUGAGUCGGCGAGGAUCAACAAAGACGCCGUGUUCCACCGAAUGCGCUGUGCCCUGGAGCAGGUCAUCGAGAUCGUUACUGAGGCACGCAUCUGUGGGGAGAGCAAGGUCCUUCCCACCAGCAUCUACAACAGCAUCAAAGACUUUAAGUCCAGCGUGGAGUGCCUGCGGGAGAACCUGUACCUCUCGACGCCACCGAGCGUGGCCGGUCAGCUGGAAGCCCUGGUGGAGCGGACGGAGGACUUCACCGACUCUCCCUACACCAGCCACGAGCAGCGCCAGGCCAUCCUCGGUCUGUGCCAGCUGGCGCGUCAGGACACCCAGCAGCUGGCGCACGCCUGGACUGAGGCGCAGUCUGUUCAUGCCAAAGAGGCCACAGAGGAGCUGGAGGUGGCCAUUCUGAAGUCGUGCCAGAGCAUCAACGACCUGAGGCGCGAGCUCCAUAAGGUCGCGGUGGGCCGCGCCUCCGACUUGCUGAAGGUUCACGGGGAGCAUCUGCCUCUGAGGGCUCUCAAAGCGGCGGGCGCCGAGGGAAACCUGGAGGCCGUGGCAGAGUAUUCGCGCACGCUCACCGAGCAGAAGGAGCAGCUGGUGGAGACAUGCCGGCUGUUGUGUCAUGUGUCGGGUACGGAGCCGUUGGAGAUAACAUGUAUCCACGCUGAGGAGACCUUCCACGUCAUUGGUCCCCAGAUCAUCUCGGCUGCCCAGACGCUGGCGCUCCACCCGUCCAGUAAGAUCGCCAAGGAGAACCUGGAGGUGUUCUGCGAGGCCUGGGAGUCUCAGCUCUGCGACAUGRCCCUGCUGCUCAAAGAGAUCAACGACGUCUUCGAGGGACGACGAGGCGACAAAAGACCCUAUUUGUCACUUCCGAGACCCGGGAAACACUCAACUAACCUGAAGUCUGCCAAGGCUGUCAAGUUGGAUGCAGAGGAGCAGACGAGCAUGGCCAAGCUGGGGCUGGAGCUGCGCCUGCUGUCGUCGGACGUGGACUCAGAGGUGGAGAAGUGGGAGGAGCAGGAGCACGACAUCGUCCGGCAGAGCCAGAGCAUCGCCAGCAUGACGUACAACAUGUACCUGUUCACCAGAGGAGAAGGCUUAUUGAAGACGACUGUAGAUCUUUUUCAUCAGGCUGAGGUUCUGUCUGAAGAGGGACUCCAUCUUUGCUCAUCUCUUCGCACUUUUUCUACUCAGCUGGUUGAUGAGGAGAAGUCUGUGCUGCUGACAGAAAUGGAGAAGCUGGUGGGGCUGUGCCAACAGCUGCAGAUGGGGGCCAAGACUCCUGUACAGGGCAAGACUGCCACCUUCCAGAAGUACAAAUCAGAGAAGACGAGCCUURGUUCUCCACAGGACUGGAGGGAAAGGCAGGAUGCACCCAGUCCGGUCAAAGAGGACGGCUCUGUUAGCARCAAGAACACGAACGGCUUUGGCGUCAAAUCCAUGGAGCAGCACAUGGCCGCYCUCAACCUCCUGGAGAGCAAAUAAUCUCCUUUUUUUCCCCCGUCUCUCUCUCUCCUCGCUAUUCCCAUCAGCCCACCACAUACCCAACCUUACCUCUGAGGGCAACCUGAAACUAAUGAAACUGAAAGGACUGCAGCUGUGGUGUGAAGACGACGCAGGGAUUUGUUUUCAACASCUGGAGGACAAAAAGCACUGAGGCACCAGUUCUACUCUCGUCCACUGGAUGGAGACAAUCAGCCAACACGACACGUCUUCUAAAGAAAGCUACGUUUUUGGAGCCACUUCUCUUUUAUCUUAAUUAUUAGAUAUAAUGAUUUAAAAAGAAAAUUUAGGGGAGAASUCCACUCGCUGCAUAGCCCAGCCAUAGAUCUGUCUUCACUAUGUGCCUAUGUGUAACCAGCCCAUUUGUUCUGUGCUGUAAAUGUGUUGCACGAGUUACAAAAAAACAGUGAUGCAGAGCCAGAAAAUAAAAAACACGCCAUCAUUGCUACACUUGUACGGUCGCAACGUUAUAAUGUUAACAGUUUUAUGUGUUAGAUGUAGGGGUGAUAUCUAGAAUAACCAUCUCACUGUUAACCAGAUGACAUCAUGCUGUUUGCCAUCAUAUUCACUACCAAACAUUCCCCCAUGUGCCAUUUUAUUGGACAUUAUAUAAAAAUAAAAAAAAUCUUCCCAAAUGCAACUGUUCUUGUGAAGAAUCCGCUCUUUAGCUUCUUAUAAGACACUUUGUUCUCGAGUGUUCAUCRCUGGAGUUUGUUUUUUCUGUUUGUUUGAGCCUGGUUUUAAAAAAAAGCUUGUCAAAGUUCGUUUCUUUCAACUGGGAUUCUGUGGAAUCAUCAUGAACAAUUAAUAUCUUACCUGUUGUAGAUAGCUCCUUAAAUGACCUCAAUUUGGAGGGAUAGUCUACAACAGGUAAAAAAAAUGAAUAAUAUUCCCACAGAAUCCCACUUCAGAACAUCUGAACUUUUGCUUUAGUUGUGAGUAAUGUCUUUGUUAAAUGGAACAUUCAAGUGUACUUGUUAUGAAGACUAUCACUGUAAAGCUGCAAAACAGGCCAACAUGUAUUAAGUUAGAGCUAUAAAUAUUAUGGUACUUGAAUUAUACAGUAUAUGAUCCUAAAGUAAUGACUAAGGUACAAGGUGAGGAUGAGACUGAAAUGUGURAUCUACAGGAAACUCUUGGUAUUGUACUGAAGUGACAGAUAUGUGGCGGGAAAUAUAUAUAGUUUCAAAUCACCUCAUUUUUUUGAAAUUUGAAAGGUCAGUGGGACAAAAAAUAAAAUAUUUUUUCCUAAA